UGGGCCGGCCGCCGCUCGGAGCAGCGCGUCCCGGACGGCUUACGGGCGUGCGGGCGCGGGGCGACGGCGGCCCCGCAGCGACAUGUGACCAUGGACCGCAGGACCAGGGAAAAUCCAGAAAGAACUUUUGACUUGGUAUUGAAAGUGAAGUGUCAUGCUUCUGAAAAUGAAGAUCCUGUGGUAUUGUGGAAAUUCCCAGAGGACUUUGGAGACCAGGAAGUUCUGCAGAGUGUGCCCAAGUUCUGUUUUCCCUUCGAUGUGGAAAGGGUGUCUCAGAAUCAAGUUGGACAGCACUUUACCUUCGUCCUGACAGACAUGGAAAGUAAGCAGCGAUUUGGGUUCUGCAGGCUCACAUCUGGAGGCAGAAUUUGUUUAUGUAUUCUUAGUUACUUGCCAUGGUUUGAAGUAUAUUAUAAACUUCUAAAUACUCUGGCAGAUUACUUGGCCAAGGAACUGGAAGAGGAUUUGAAUGAAACUCUUAAAUCACUCUAUAACCACCCAGUACCAAAGGCAAACACUCCUGUCAACUUGAGUGUGAACCAAGAGCUAUUUAUUGCCAGUGAGCAAGUUCUGAAAGAUGACCCCUCACUAAUGCCGCACUCCUGUUUCAUCACACCUGACAUAACUGGACUUCCAACGAUACCGGAGAGUAGAAACCUGACAGAGUACUUUGUUGCUGUGGAUGUGAACAACAUGCUGCGAUUGUACGCCAGCAUGCUGCAUGAGAGGCGCAUCAUUAUUACCUCGAGCAAAUUAAGCACUUUAACUGCCUGUCUCCAUGGAUCGGCUGCGCUGCUCUACCCGAUGUACUGGCAACACAUAUAUAUCCCUGUGCUUCCUCCGCACCUGCUGGACUACUGCUGUGCCCCAAUGCCAUACCUGAUUGGAAUACACUCCAGUCUCAUAGAGAGAGUGAAAAAUAAAUCAUUGGAAGAUGUGGUUGUGUUAAAUGUUGACACAAACACGUUAGAAUCACCAUUUAAUGACUUGAGCAGCCUGCCCAGUGAUGUGGUCUCGGCCUUGAAAAAUAAGCUGAAGAAGCAGUCCACAGCUACAGGAGAUGGAGUGGCUCGGGCCUUUCUGAGGGCUCAGGCGGCUUUGUUUGGCUCCUACAGAGAUGCUCUGAGAUACAAGCCUGGUGAGCCCAUCACCUUCUGUGAGGAGAGCUUUGUAAAGCACCGCUCAAGCAUGAUGAAACAGUUCCUGGAGACUGCCGUUAACCUUCAGCUCUUUAAACAGUUUAUUGAUGGUCGCCUGGCAAAGCUUAAUGCAGGAAGAGGUUUCUCUGAUAUUUUCGAAGAAGAGAUCACUUCGGGUGGCUUCUGUGGAGGGAGCCCGAGGUCAUAUCAGCAGUGGGUGUAUACAGUCAAGGCAAAGAGUCACGCCAGGCUGGGACUAAAGGAGGUGAAGAGCCGGCUGAAACACAAGGACAAUGAGGAAGAGUAUGGGACCUGCUCUGGUUUGGUACAGUACACACCAGUGUACACUUUACACAGUGAAAAGGGAGAGCCCAGAGAGAAGCAGAAGCUCUCCCAGGCACACUUGAAAAGGCCUCAUAAGAGCCUAGAUGGUACCCUGUAUGAUGAUGAUGAUGAUGAUGACGACAUUGAACGGGCAAGCAAGAUAUCUUCAGAAGACGGGGAAGAAACAUGUGCUUAUUUCUACGAAAGUGACGACUCUGUUGAAGCGCAGGUGAAGGCUCCCUACUCAGGGGAGAUGGACUUACUGGGCGAGAUCCUGGAUACGCUGAGCACGCACAGCUCUGAUCAAGGCAAGCUGGCGCCUGCCAAGAGCCUGGAUUUCUUCAGAUCCAUGGAUGACAUUGAUUACAAACCUACGAACAAGUCCAACGCUCCCAGUGAGAAUAACCUGGCCCUGCUGUGUGCUUCUGGAGACCAGGGAGAGUGGAAUCUCGGGCAGGACGACAGCGCCCUCCAUGGCAGGCAGCUCCCUCCAUCCCCAAGGAAACGUGUUUCCUCCUCCUCCGGUGGGUUGACAGAUUCUCUGUUUAUCCUGAAAGAGGAGAACAGUGAGAAGCCCCUCUGUGCUGACAGUGUACGCGGCCCUACUGUGCUGGAAAAGCCAGCUUCUACUUCAGGAUUGGGUUUCCAGCCAGCUACUCUGGAAGCUUCCCAAACAGAUAGAGGAAAAGCGGAAGUGAAACAAACACUAGGUCAGGCUUCAGAGGAUCUGCAGGUGCCCGGCCCAGGGAGCCGCCAGUCGACUUUUGUUCCCUGGGAGAAAGCUGGCAAAGAGGACACGAAGCCUUCAAAGGACGUUGGACUUCUCCAAGAAGUAGUGUCAUUGUGUCACAUGUCAUGUGACUUCCAAAAAGAUUUAAACAUUUCAGAAGAAAGCAGAAGUGGAAACCAAACUUAGGUACCAGUAGAGGGUCAGUUGCUUGCCUCUUGGCUUCUCCAGAGACAUGUGGAAUUCCUUCCUCGUGAUGGGAACAGUAGAGUCACUGAUAGGAAUGGCAACCCCUACUGCAGUCUAGUCGGUUUCCCUGUCUGUUCAUCUCAUGGAUCUCUAUUACCUAUUAAUUUCCCAGUGUAAAACGAAUUCUGCUGUGCUGUUAAAUCAGGUACUAAUUUGUACAUAGGCUGAACGUGUGUUUUGAACUUAAGCUUUCCCAGUAUUUGGUGCUUAAUGCUGUUUGUUUUAUUUAAACUAAGUGUGCAUAUAGAACCCCUACACACCGCCAGUAGUUACUGUACUAAUCUGGCUGAGCAUGAACUGAUCAAGAUGUCAAAACUGAUCAAAACUAGCCUGACACUGAUGAAACUAUUAACCCACUAAUUGCCUUAAUCUUCCAGCUAUGUUAAGCAUACAGAUGACGUGUGACGCAAAGCUUGAAAGAGGAGUUAUCUUGUCCUGCAGAGCAAUAAUGCCUUUUCUAUCAUGAAUUAAGCUCACCAUUCUUUUCCAGUUUAAAUGCACUCUAGCAGAAAUAAUUUGCUUUUUAUGAAGACAUGUAGCCAUGUUUUCCAAGCAACGUGAAUGUGUAUAUUUACCUUUCAGUGAACUAUAUUAAGUGCUGAAUUACAAUGUGAAGUUAAAAGCUUCUGCUUACAAAGAAGCCCCUCAGACAAUGUUCGAUCUCAUGUACAUGUUAACUAUGGUCCACCGCCCGAAAGCCAAAUGCCCUGCAGAGUCCAGAUAGGCCAUUGUCCUCCUCUCCUCGUAGCUGACAUGCUGUGAGGAGGCUCAUAGCCUUACCUUGUGUUUGCUUUUUUAAAGAAUUCACUGUGUAUUUUAAAUGUUCUUCUAGAUUUAUAGAAAAAUGCAAAUAUGGUACUGAUGUGCCCCAGGCCCUGUCUCAGCAUGUUGUCAGCAUCCUACGUUGUAUGCUACAUUUGCCAUAUCAUUGACUCUCCUUGUGGUAGUCAGAGCUCUGGCUGUUCCUUGCUGUCCCCUUUCUGUUCCCUUAUCACCUCAGAGUUCUAGAAUUUCUUCUACAAUCAUGUCUUCUGAGGUUCCUCCUCCCCCUGGGACUUCACUUUCUUAGCUUUGAUGGCCUUGAAGUUUUCAGGAAUAUUGUUCAGAUGUCCAGCUCCUGUACUGUAUGUAGUAUUUUUCUCCUUAUUACACUGAGAUUAUACAGGUUUGAGGGAGAAGAUCACAGAAGCAAAGUGCCAUUUUCAGUGUCUGAAGGGGUGUGCUGCAAGCAUAUGCUAUGUUGUGUUGACUUUGAACACCUGCUAGGGUUCUGCACUCUGAAUGUGUCCCCACACCUGUUCUGUGCAGGCAAGCAGGAGGAGUGGAAGGAAAGAAGAGAGGAAGAGCAGGCGCAAUAGAAUUCUUUAGGGCAGAGAAGGGUCAGAACGCAUCCCUUGUAAUUCUCUGUGGAUCCUGCCUCUCUCACGAUUACUGUGUAGCUUUGGAGCACAUCUGAGAGCACAUGUAGGUCCCUAGAUGUGCAGGUCGUGUGCCUGAACACACCAUGGUUCUAGUCUGUAUAUCCUCAAGUGUCAUGAUUACUUUUCAAUAAUUGUCUUUUUUAGUAAAAAAACAAAAAAACAAAAAAUCUUUGCAAAAUUAUUGAAGAACUCCAAUAAGGCCAUACUCUAAAGUAUUUACUUAAGGAAUAUAAUUUUAGCUAGAAUUUUAGGAUUUUUUUAACCCAGUGCUUAAAAUAUUUACACAGGUCGUUUUUUAAAACUGCAUUCCAAAAUACAAAUAGGUAGUUAUACUUGAGGUAACGAUUCUUCUGAGGAUGGGCUCAUUAUAGAAGGAAAAAUUUCCCACCGGAUUCCUCAACACAGCGGAGCGCUUUGAAUGCCAUUUUUUAAGUGAGGUCACUUUAUCACAUCAGAAUUCAUUGUCUAAAAAAAAUGAUAGCAUCCUGACCGCAGCUUAAAACACUGGCUUCCAGCCUACUUCCAUGGUCGCCAUGGCCACGGGGUGUGGCUCUCUAACUUGAGUUUGCUUGGAAGAUGCUCUACUGUAACACUGGGCUGGUUGGAAACAUUUAUCCACUCACAAAUAAUGUCCUAAGCCACAUAAGUAACCUGUGCCUUACUGUAACAAGAAAAAACAGCUACUUUAUGUUAAAAAGAAAAAACAAAACUGUACACAUUAUUUUUAAAUGUCCAGAAAACUGGAAGCAAGUGGGUGCUUCACAACAUUAAAACCUUGAGUAUUUGAAGUCAGCUUUUAAAUGACACUUGCCAGUAUUAUGAUGGAAACAGUUGUAAAAAUAAGAGACCAUCAGGUGAGCUCUGAAAUUUUAAAAAAGGGAGUAUUUUAUUUUAUUAUUAUUUGCUUUGCCCAAACCAAAUCAAGUAUAAGUUCCCUGCUAUUGAAAAUAAAUGUUUUUGCCAGCAACUAGAGCUCCCAAAAUAAAUCGUUUUCAGAGAAGCUGCUUCUGCGCUACAAGAGACUUAACUAACUCACAGCUCUGGCUUCCGCAGCUUGUGUUUAACCGAACCCUGAGCUGUGACUCGUCCAGUCUUUCUCAGGCUUUGCAUCCAUGCCAGGUCAGGGGCUAAAGAUAGAAGGAGAAACAUCAACCUGCAGUUGUGUUAAAGUGAAGACAUUGCUGAGUAAAAUGCAUGGGUGAUUACUUAGUCUUGCCGAUCUUACUAUCAGCUUAUGGCAUGCUGACUUGUCCAAUCCAGAGUUAGUAACUCCUUCACUGAGAAAAUAUAUAUUGACUUUUUGUACCAGUCAGGAGCAAGGUAUAAUUAAGGAUGUAAGGGUACGGGAGGAAACAAUUACCCAGCUCUGGGGAAUCAGUUAAAAGGGAAAGGAACUGCAGGUGUUAAAAUAAUUAAUAAUAAUAAUAAUAAUAAUACAAUACAUAAAGGAUGUAUUUGCUUAGAUGGUACUCACUCAAGAAUCGACACCGAGAGACACUUUUUAAAAACAGCUGCUUUAUUUAACGUAUGUUCAAACUACAGAAUCGUUAACUCUUUUAGUAAUUAUAUGAGCCACUCACUGGAAUGCUGCUAAAAUCCUACCCUAAAGGACAGAUUUAGAGGCACUGCUUGGCUGAGUCCUUGCUCUGACCAUCCACACGACAUGACAUCGUCCCUUGGCAGUAUUGAUGGCUGUUUCCCCCAAUUCAGGAGUAACUUAGGGUAUAUAAAGGAAGAACCUAGUCAUGUUGCUGGGAGUCCAGAUUUUACAUUAAAAAAUACCUUGGUAACAACAUUUUCUAGGGAGCUUUUUUCUUCUUAGCUAAUGGUGUGACUGUUAUUAAGCUCCUAUGCUGAUAUCUAAUGGUGUGACCCAGGAACACCCACUAAAUAGUUGUUGGUUAAACAAAGGGAAGAUUCCUGGUCAACAGCAAAUGACUGUGGACAUUCUUGCAGUCAACAGCUGUUCCUUCUCAGAUCUCCAGGACAAGUUCAUCACUUUCAUGAGUAAAUUGUCUCCUGAGAACUCCACUCUUUGGUGUCAAUGAGUCUUCAAUCUGAGAAGAUAUUUGAAAAUCAGGAUAAAAGUUCAAAAUGGAAACUGAACCCCUAAAUGUGGGCUCUCCCCAGGCAUCUCUUAGUGUUGGUAGUCAGUUUUGUAGCAGUCUGAUUCUCUGCGAGCAUUUUCCCCACGUUGAGGCCAGAGGCCUAUUAGUGUCUGUUUUUUAGAGCUUCCAGGAAUAGAAAGGCUUUGUAACAGCCAGUUGAUGUUAGGAUUUGUUUAUAAAAUAGGGAAUUAUGUAUAUUGAGACAGAAAUAUUUUAUUUUGAAACAUAGGAUUUUGUGCAAUAUUUUUCUUGCAUUGUUUAGUUUAUAUAAAUAUGCACAUCUGCUUUUCUGGCAGAUGCCUUAAGGUCAUAUCUUUCAGUAUUUGCCUAAAACUGUAUGUAGCAAUGUUCUGUGUGAUUUCAGAAAAAAUAUUACUCUUUCUAUUAUUAGCAGAAGUGUUCUUGUUUAUUUAAAAUAAUUGUGGAUAUUGCAUUAUUGUAUCAUAACUAACUGCCUCAGCCACAAUAAAUAUGCAAUAAGAAAUUCAUGUCCCUUUGAUUAGUAUUGACAAUACUGUUACCUUAACAGAAAUGUUUGUGGUACAGAGUGCUGGUUCUAUCUGUGUUCAUUUCACAGCUACUCUGCAGCACAGGAAUUUAAAUGGUAUAUUUAUGUGAUCACCAUAUGUAUGUAGUUGUGACAUCCUUUGUGAUGAGUCUUUGUUGAGGCUUAUAAAGGGCAUUGCCAAUACUUUUUGACUGUAAAUUAAUUUUUUUGUAUGAUGUAUAGUUUGUUUAGCCUUAGAGCUUCUUUAGAUUUCUACUUUUAUUAUACUUGAAUGAGGCAGAAAGCACUGUGGGCAGUUUGUAACUCUGGAUGCAAUAUGCAGAUAUACCAAAAAUAAAACAAGGUACUGAACAGCAGCGCUAACAAAAUGCGUUAUAAUCCAGGAGUCGUGUUUUUCAAGCCACAUUUUAGUGAAAUGAAGUAAUUAAAGAUAUACAGUCUUUUAUAUAGACAGUAUAAUCUCAAAUGAUUACCUCUUCAAUGUGUCAAAGGUGUGUGUCCUUUUUAACUUCUGUAUCAGUUCUUAGAUGAGCCUUGAGGACCAUCCAUCCUCCCUCCUAGGACCACAUGAUAUCUAGGACAGAACAAAUCAACUACAUUGUGCAUAUUAGAUGCACUGUCUGUGUGAAGUCACUAUGUUUUAGAUAGAGUAGCUUUCGUAGGUAAUUUUGAGAACUCUUUAAUAAUCAUAUACCAAAAACUAAAAACUAAAUUUUUAAAAUCAGUUAUUACUUAGCUGUGCCUAAAAUCUCUUAGACAUAAAGGCCACAUGAGGGACUCAGGAUUGAAUGUUCCCAAAGUUUAUGUUCAUUCCUUUAGCUGAAGAGUUGUUUGCUCAACAUAUAACCAGUAGCUCAAAAAACAACUAAGCAAAACAAAACAGAAAACCCUGAGCAGCAAGACAGUGAGAUGUGCUUCGUUGUGCUUGUCCUUGCGACUCCAGUUUAUCAUCUCUGGACUUAAUUACUAUUGGGAAGAUGUUUUGUAUAAAAGUAUUGUUUGGGAGUUUUAAUAUGCAAAAUAAAAUGUUGAAUGAACUCUGCUUUGCCAUAAAGUACCCAAUAAUGUCGCUGAAAAUAAAAU